AGUAAUUAUUUUUGAAAAUGAUAACUCUAUUGAAGCAGUUCCAUCAGUUUGGUAUCGUAAAAAUACAUGCGCGUGGCCAAAAAAAAAUCAAAAAAAAUAUAUUGAAAAACAAGUUAUACCAAACAAAACAGAUUUUUAUUUUUUAAGAGCUCGUAAAAUUGGGAAAGAUGUUGAAAAUUAUCUUGAUGCUAGAAAUAGAGCAAAAAAAGGAGAAAAUACAUCAAACUUAUCUGACAAUGUUGAUGAAAGUGUGAAAAAACGAAGAAAAUUAAAGAAAAUAUUUUCAAAUAAGAAAGAUAAUUGCAUGUGGAGUCCUUCUACUCUCACUCAUUCAUCAUCUGAUGAUACUGAUAAUGAUGAAGUACAUAUGCCAAAUAUAUCUUCAUCAGUUCCUUCAGGAAUCGAAAAGACAAGUCUAGGCGAAUCAUCGAAAAGACAAGUCUAGGCGAAUCAUCGAAAAGAAAACUUAAUUUUGAUGAAUCACCACCACUUAUUAUUCAUAAUUAUCAAUCAAAUAAUAGUCAAACAAACUUUAAUAUAAUGUCAGAGCCUAUUGAGUUUCAAUCUGCAUCUGUUGACAAUAAUAUAGUAGUAGCUGCUGAUAACACCGAUGUUAGUCAAAAUGUUGAAGACAUAGUAAAUAACAUUAUUAGAACGACGGCUUCACCUUUUAAAGUGACAAAUAUUAAUGAUACAACGACAAUAGAAAUAACUGAACCGUAUAUUCCACUGCCAUUGACACCAGCUGGUUUGCAAUCUUUUACAAGUGAUUCAUUAAUUGAUAAAGUAAACAAAAUUAAUCGUACAACCUUAAACACAUGGUAUGAAAUAAAAUCAAUGAAUGAAAAAAUCGAAAAAUUGGAGAAUAAUUUAUUUAUGAUUAGUAAUAACCGUAUGCAACUACAUAUUGAUGACAAUUCUUUUGAAUCUAUGAAUACAUUUGAAGUUAUGAUGUCUGUUUUACCCAUAGUAAAUGAAGAAAGUCUAACAACAUUUGAAAACAAUCUUUUAGAUAAUAAUUUUAAAAAAAAAAUAGUGUGUGAGUUAUCGCGUUUAGUAAGGAGUACUAUUCAAAGUACUACUCGUGCUAUAUUAAGAUAUUUAUUUGAUGAUUCAUUUUUACAAAGCUAUAGUUACAAGGGGCAAAAACAAAAAAAAGUAUUUUCAACUUUAGCCCUUUGUUCAGUGAUUUUUGAAUCAAUUAAAAGUAUUGGAAAAUUUAAAAAUUACAAUACAAUAGAUGUAGAACAAUCAAUAAAAAUUUUUAUUGCAGGUGCAAAAUUCCGAGAACAAAGUAAAUUAAAAACUAACAGACACAAUCAUGCAGAAAGCAAUCAAACAAUAUAAUAAAUAUAUUUAUUAUACAUACUUUUUUAAAUCUAUAAGUAUAUAGUAAAUAAAACAGA